CCGCGAGGACUGUCCGUUACCGGUCACUGUAACGUCACUGCGACUUCACUUUAGCGCAGCUUAGCUUAGUUUAGUUUAGUUUAGCUUAGCUUCUGUGAAAUCCAUCUGCGUGCGCACAGUGCGCAUGAGUGGCGACUUAAGGAGCGGAAAGGUCAGGGGUCAGAGCGUGGACACAAACUGAAAAUGUUGAGGAGGAAACCGACUCGUCUAGAGCUUAAGAUCGACGACACUGAGGAGUUCGAGAGCGUCAAGAAGGAGCUCGAGGCCAGAAAACGUCAGCGAGAGGAGGCAGAGUCGGGAGGUGGAGUGGGUGGGGGCUCUGUAAUUGGUGUUGAUGUCAUUGGGGGUGGAGCCUCUGCCUCCGCAUCGUCCUCUACAGCCACAUCAAGGGCAGAGCUUAUCAAUGAGCGAAUCGGCUACAAGCCCCACCCCAAACCGGCGACCCUGCCAACCUUAUUUGGAAGUUUACAGUUUUAAUGAUGAAUAAAGUUUGAGCAAAAAAA